AUGGGGGGCAAAUCUGCAAACAAGGCCGGUUAUUUCGACAAGUUGAAGGGCUUAUUGGAAGACUACAAAUCUAUCUUCAUCGUCACCGUCGACAAUGUCUCCUCCCAGCAGAUGCACGAGAUCCGCCAUGCCAUGCGCGGAAAGGGUGUGGUGUUGAUGGGCAAGAACACUAUGGUUCGCCGCGCCAUCAAGACCUUCCAGAACGAUAACCCCGAGUAUGAACGCCUUCUUCCCCACGUCAAGGGUAACGUCGGCUUCGUCUUCACCAAUGCCGACCUGAAGGAGACCCGCGAACAGAUUUUGUCCAACCGUAUCGCGGCACCUGCUCGUGCCGGCGCUGUAGCACCACAAGAUGUCUUCAUCCCGGCCGGCAACACCGGCAUGGAACCUGGCAAGACCUCAUUCUUCCAGGCUCUCGGUGUGCCUACCAAGAUCGCUCGUGGUACCAUCGAAAUCACGGCCGACUUGAAGAUCGUCGAGGGUGGCAGCAAAGUCGGUGCCUCUGAAGCUACGCUGCUGAACAUGCUCAACAUCUCUCCUUUUACCUACGGCAUGGGUAUUGCGCAGAUCUACGAUGGCGGCAUGACAUUCUUGCCGAGUGUACUGGACAUUGAGGAGGAGCAGCUGCUAAAGGCAUUGAAGUCGGCGAUUGCGGCCACGGCGAUCAUGAACAUCACCAAGAUCUCGCUUGCGGCUCACUACCCGACUCUGCCAUCUGUCUCGCACACCAUCCUCAACGCCUACAAAAACUUGUUGGCGAUUGCUGUGGAGACCGAGUACGAGUGGCCUGCGAUUGCGCAGCUCAAAGCCGGUAUCAGGGAUCCGUCACUUCUGCAGGCUGCGGCUCCGGCAGCGUCGGAGGCUGCGCCUGCGGCGGAGGAGGCCAAGGCGGAUGCGCCCAAGGAGGAGGAGAAGAAGGAAGAGGAGGAGGAGGAGGACGAGGAUAUGGGCUUCGGUCUGUUCGACUAAUCUUGUCCGUCAACGACGUUCACCCGGCCACGGCCUUUGCGGCGUUCAAACUUUACAGCCAGAUAGCGCGAAGCAAUGCCAGCCAUCAGCGAGAAUGAGCAGCUUGUCCCCAAGCUAUAACCACCUUGACCGAUCCGCGUGACCUUAUAUCCCAGUGCGGACACGGGACGCAGGUACGUCAGCACACAAGGCUCUCUCAUAAUUCCUCUCAGAAUUCCUCUGAUUACACCUUUUUAACCCUGAGUUCCUCAAUGAGGAUCACACACGAGCAACAACACAAUUCAAAUUGACUAUGAUCUACAUCUCCAUCCUGAUAUCU